UAAAAUGGUCUAUCCCAGACUGUGGGCGUUCUUCCAACUCGGUCUCCUCUUAGGGCCAGGAGGCUCCAAAAGGAUUGCAGGCCCAGGGGAAUUGAUUGGCAUUGUAGGGGAGUCGAUUACUCUUCCUUUGGAAAUCAUGGCAGGAGAGAAAGUUGAAAACAUCACUUGGAUUUCACAAACACUGUUUGCUGUUGUGUACUCAGGACAAGGAAGAAAACCAGCCAAUAUCACGCUAAUAAGCCCCCUUUAUGAGGGAAGGUUGAAAGUCCCUACUGAUAGUUACUACCUGGAGAUUAAUGCCCUGAGAAUGGAGGAUGCAGGGUCCUACAAAGCUUUGAUAAUCACUCAGACCUGCUCUGUGGGCACCAACAGGGAGUUCAUCUUGAGAAUCCAUGAUUCUCCAGCUCUUGCUCAUUCAGUCUCCUCAGAUUCUUCCUCCUUGGGGAAGGAGAUUUUCUUCCUUGGAUUCCUGGGGGCCCUGGGAAUUGGACAAGUCUGGUCGUGCACAGCUUUGGACAACAUGAUGACCCUGGGGACCAGCAGUCAGACGGUGACUGAAUAUGUUGUUCGAGUCACCAAGAACAACCCCAAGAAGUACAAUAUCGUGGCUUUCAACGCAGCUGACAAAGUCAACUUCGCCACCUGGCACCAGGCCAAGAUAGAACGGGAUCUGAGCAACAAGAUCUAUCAGGAAGAAGAGAUGCCAGAAUCUGGGGACCAGGACUACGAUGAGGAGGAGGACGAGCAUAAAGAGAAGAAGAACCGGAAAAAGCCCAGUGAACUCCGGAUCCAUGACCUGGAGGAUAACCUGGAGAUGAGCUCUGAUGACAGCGCUGGCAGUGGGGAGGAGGGGGAGAAGGUUCCCAACACCAAGAAGAAGGCAGCUCCUUCCAAGGGGGGCAAGAAGAAGAAGAAGGGCUCUGACGAUGAGGCCUUUGAGGACAGUGAUGAUAGGGACUUUGAGGGCCAGGAGGUGGACUACAUGUCAGAUGGCUCCAGUAGCUCUGAGGAGGAGGCAAGGGAACGCAAGGCCAGACGACCAAGCACACCCAGCGCGGACAGUGGCAGCACCUCCUCCACCUUUCGGGCAGCUGCUAGCAAGCUGGAGCAAGGGAAGCACCAGAUGGGGCCCAGUGAUACGCCUGCCGUCAAGCGCCUGAGUGACAUGCAGGUGACAGAGGAUGCAGUGAGAUACUACCUGACCCAAAAGCCCAUGACCACCAAAGAUCUCCUGAAGAAGUUCCAGACAGGGAAGACAGGGCUGAGCAGCGACCAGACAGUCAGUGUGCUGGCCCAGAUCUUGAAGAGCCUCAACCCUGAACGCAAGAUGAUCAAUGACAAGAUACACUUCUCCCUCAAGGAAAUAAGCACUAGAGUACGGAAGUCCUCAGGUCUCGACCUAAUCCUUGGCUGUGGAUCCUAAGGAAACGGCAUGUCCUUUCUCAGGUGGAGACUGUGUCUGCUAAUGCUCAUAAUCUCUUCUCAAGUGUACUCAGCAGGAAACAAGAUACGUGCUGUUGGUGAAUCUGUAAAGCUCGAGAAGUCUGAAUCAUCUCAUGGGCCCUUUUCAGAAGUCUCUUGGUUUUACAAUGAGACCCAGAAAAUCUUGACGUGGUUCAAAGGAAGACAAAUUUUAGUAUUCGAAACCAGCCUGAAGACACGGAUCCGUCUUGAUGAUGAUAAUAUCACUUUACAUAUCCAACAGCUUCAGAAGGAAGACAGUAGCACCUAUAAAUUCAAGGCUUCCUUACAGAGUACAGGAAAGGAAAUCUCAGAGCACAUCAGGCUGGAUGUGUAUGAGCGAUUGACAGAGCCAAAAAUUUCAUCGGGUCCUAGGAUCAAUGAUAGUGGUACCUGUCUUGUCAAUGUAACAUGUUCUGUGGGACAAGGAAGAGAGAAUGUAAAUUACAGCUGGACGCCUGUGGGACAAGGAGCUAAUGCAUCCAGUGGAGGCCCCAUCCUCAGCAUCACCUGGAAACCUGGUGACCCUGACCUGUACACCUGUACUGCCAGGAACCCUGUCAGCAACAGCUCCCAUACCAUUCUUGCCAGUAAGCUCUGUACAGACAAGACCUCUAGAAUGUCCCAGGAGUUGCUGGUAGUCAUUCUGCCCUCCAUCUUCAGCUUGCUGUUCGCUUUGAAUUGGACCCAAUAACAUGACUACUUUGCUGGACUUUCAAGACAACACUCUACCUUUACAUGACCAAUGUGACCCAUAUGCAUUCCUGCCCAGAGAAGUAGCAGGAAUGAAAAACGGUGAAAAGAGAGAUUAGCCCUGCUCCUCAUGUCUACCUCUCAUCCUCCUUAUUAGAUGGGCAUGGCAACUCCCUUCUUUUCUACCCAAGAUUUGAGGAGAUUAUGCAUUUAUAUAGUACCUACUAUGUGCCAGGCACUGUGCUAAACAUUUUAUAGAUA